AAACGGUGCGCUGGAGUUGAACGGACAAGACCCUGAAAUGGAGGAUGUGCAAGUCGAAUCUCUUGUUGAACAGUCCCCUGAGGUGUCGACGCCGCUCAAUGGCGCGAUUGUGGAAGAUCAAGAGGUUGAGGAAGAGCAGCCUCCAGCCGUUCCUGAUAUACCUAUGUUACACGAUGGCGUGCCAGACUAUAAGGCCAAGUACGUACUGAGCGGACAUGCUCGGUCAAUCUCUGCCAUCAAGUUCAGCCCGGAUGGGACCAUGCUCGCGUCUUGUGGUCGUGAAGAUUUGGGACGUAUACAAUGGCGAACUUAUCCAGACAUUGGAAGGGCAUACAGAGGGCAUAUCCGACGUCGCUUGGUCUCAUGAUGGAGAGUUCCUCGCUUCGGCUUCAGAUGACAAAACUAUACGGAUCUGGAGUGUUGAAGAGCUGGCGGUGGCCAAAGUGUUGCAGGGCCACACAAAUUUCGUAUUCUGCGUGAACUUCGGCCCCUCAUCCAACCUGUUAGUUUCAGGAGGCUUUGACGAGACUGUGCGACUUUGGGAUGUUGCCAGAGGCAGACCGUUGAAGACACUGCCAGCACACUCUGACCCUGUCACAGCAGUCACUUUCAAUCACGACGGAACAAUAGUAGCCUCUUGUUCAAUGGACGGCUUGAUCCGCAUAUGGGAUGCAGACUCUGGCCAAUGUCUCAAAACCUUGGUCGAUGACGAUAAUCCUAUAUGUUCGCACAUAAAGUUUACCCCCAAUUCGCGCUUUAUUCUGGCAUCGACGCAAGAUUCAACUGUCCGUCUUUGGAACACUCAGACAUCCCGCUGCGUCAAAACGUACAAGGGCCAUACGAACCGUACAUACUCGAUCUUCGUGGAUUUCGCGACUGGUGGGAAGCAGAUUAUUAGUGGCAGCGAAGACUGCAAGGUCUACUUGUGGGAUCUGCAGAGCCGACAAAUUAUUCAGGUGCUCGAAGCACAUCGAGAUGUUGUCAUAGCUGCGGCUAGCCAUCCGCAUCGCCCAAUUAUCGCCUCCGCUUCGAUGGAGAAAGAUCUCACUAUUCGAAUUUGGUAUGACAAAAAUGCGCCGUCCACGUAGCAUUGUCGAGUUCCGCCACGUAUUAUAUCUUGCGCCACCAGCAUAUGUGAUUCUCUACUGAUAUCAAAGGGC